AAUGAUCUUAAGACAGAUGGUCGUUUAUAUAAAUUCUGGAAUGAUUAUUAUUCGAGUAUGAAUAAUUACGAUGUAAGUUGCACAGAAGAAUCCAAUAUUAAUUAUGAUGGCAUGAAUCGUAACGAAAACGAAAUUAUGUAUUCGGAUUGCAUUGAAAACGAGAUUAUGUAUUCGAAUUAUAUUGAACUAAAAAAAACGAUUACAACAUUGGAAUCGGAAAACCAGGAAUAUGCAAGAGCGAAUAUUGUAUUAGCUGAUCUGUUAGAUGAUAUGAUUAAAGAAAAACAAUACUUAAUGAAUAGAAUAUCAACUUUAGAAAAAGAAUUGGUUUUUGCGCUAUCUAGAAAUUGUAAUAAAUAA